AUGACUGCCACCAAUUCAUCCAGUCAUCACAUUGGUACCACCCGAUGCAUACCAAUCAAUCUUGAUCCUGAACAGCAACGAAAUGUUUCCCAUGUUUCGAUUUUGAACGGUUGUAAUUGGCUUGCUGAUAGGGUCAACAUGCAUGAUCUUUCGACCGUUGUUCAGCGUUAUAAGACAAUGAGACUUUGCACGGUUCAUGGGCUUAAUCCCAUAAAGCCAGACGGGAGAAAGAAAUGGAAAAAUGCGUGGCAGAAUUUACGCAGUCUGCGCUGCACUCAAAUUGAUUAUGCAAGCUUUCAAUGCUUCAACCGUGUCAUGGCUUCUUCGUUCGGAUGUACCAAGCGAUAA